CCCGUCCCGGAGCGGUCAAGAUUAACAUAUUUCUCGAAAGCGUCAGCCAGCUGGCUGCCUACUGCGUCAAGAUGCGCACGCUCGGCAUCUCGGUGAUCAGCAUGGUGCUGACGGGGUUAGUGAUCGGCAACGCAUACUACCAGAAGAAGCAAUUCUACCCGUCGGUGGUCUACAUCACCAAGUCCAACCCGAGCAUGGCCGUUAUCUACAUCCAGGCUCUGGUGCUGGUGCUAAUGCUGGGCAAGGUGAUGAAGAAAAUCUUUCUCGGCACGUUACGGGCGGCCGAGUUCGAGCAUUUGAUGGAGCGGUUCUGGUACGCGCUGACCGAAACCUGUCUCGCGUUUACCGUCUUUCGGGACGACUUUAAUCCAAAGUUUGUGGCCCUAUUCACGGUGCUGCUGUUUCUCAAGUCCUUCCACUGGCUCGCCGAAGAUCGGGUCGAUUACAUGGAAAGAAGCCCCGUGAUUGGGUGGUUGUUCCAUGUGCGCGUGGCCGGUUUGCUCGUAUGCCUGGGACUGUUCGACUACGAACUGAUCUCGUACGCCUACCAAUCGACGAUCGCCAAGGGCGUCACGGUGCAGCUGGUGUUUGGGUUCGAGUAUGCGAUCCUCAUGACGAUGGUCAUCAACACCGCGAUCAAGUACAUCUUCCACGCGGCCGAACUGCGCUCGGACACGCCGUGGGAGAACAAGGCGGUCUUCCUGCUCUACACCGAGCUGAUCAUCGGGUUUACGCGCGUCGUGCUCUACGUGGUGUUUGUGAUUUUGAUGGUCAAAAUAUUCACCCUACCCAUGUUUGCCUUCCGGCCAAUGUACUACACGAUGCGAAACUUCAAGAAAGCGCUCAACGAUGUGAUUCUGUCGCGGCGCGCCAUUCGCAACAUGAACACACUCUACCCGGACGCGACGACCGAGGAGCUGCAGAUGUCGGACAAUAUCUGCAUCAUCUGCCGCGAGGAUAUGGUGAGCAACUCGAAGAAGCUUCCCUGUGGCCACAUUUUCCACACCGCCUGCCUGCGGUCGUGGUUCCAGCGGCAGCAAACCUGCCCCACCUGCCGGCUAAACAUUCUCCGCACACCGAUCACCGCUGCCACGACCGCUGCCAAUCCUGUGCCAAAUAAUAGUGCCAACGAUGCGGGCGCCAACGCUGGUGGUGCUGGUGGCGGCGGUGGUGUUGGUGGGGCCACUACGACCGAUGCCAGCCGAUCCACCGGAGCGCUGGCAGGUGCCGGCGUAGCCACGGGAAAUAUCAUCAAUUCCACCGUUCCGAAUGGAAUGCCACCGACAGCGACCAAUGCUAUGCCAAUGUUUCCGGGCGCUCCGUUCGUUCCGUUUCCCUUCGUCGGAAUGCCUCCGUACACGAUGCCCCUGCCGCCGGUGCCACCUUUGCUCGGUGAGCUUACGGACGAGGAGGUCCGUGCGAUGGAAGGUACCGAGCGACGGCACAUUGAAGAACGCAUUAAGCACUUGCAAAACAUUCGUACCCUGCUGGACGCAUCCGUGGCACUGAUGAACCAGUACGCCACCAUUACGUCCCGCUUACCGCCGGAAGCCGUCGCUCACUUGCAAACACAAGCCGUACCGCAACCACCACCAUUGGUAGUUCCGGUUGUUCCACCGUUGGUACCCGAGGAAAGCACCUCUUCCACCAUCGUCGCUCCCGAACCGGCAGCGACUUCGUCGGCAACAGCGACAACAUCUCCUGCACAAUUGGUCGACGAGCGAGUGCCGGUAGAAAGUGUCCCGGCAGCUCCUGCGAUCGUCGCUGGGAGCAGUAGCAGUAGCUUAAGUAACACCAAUAGUCCCACUAGCAGCCGAUCGAGCCAGGUCUCGGUGAAGCCAACCCGAACAGGGGUCGAACAGGCGAAGCUGGAAGAUUUGGGUCCGAUCAGCAGCGACGAGGACGAUGCAUCGUCCGGUGUGAAGCUGAAAAAGGAACCCAUUCCUAGCACCAGCAAAGCAUUCCUUAUCACACCCGACCAGCUGGACGCGAAGGAUGGUUCGGCAUCGAAAACUAUGGGUGGCGCCACACCCGGAACCGUGAACGGCGGUAGUAGUGCCGAUGCCACGAGGCACCCGGAAAGCUCGACCAUGAGCGAGCUGCGCCGUAGAAGGUUAGAAAAGUUUGCAACCUCCUCCCCGGCAUCGUCACCCGGAGCCGGAGAUGGCCAGUAGUCGGCGAACGGGCCUAAGGGAACCGACAAUCUCCGCCCUCCGCGGUUCCCGAAGCUAAACACAACACACAAAACGGAAACUGCAAAAAUCUGCUUCCAGGUAGCGAUAACUGCUGCAGCAGCCAAACUAACACGCCACGUGUGCACCAAAUCCGACGAGGCGCUGAGGGCCAAGUCGAGUUCAGGGGAACGUUCGUUUGACGGAGUAGUACGGCCGCCAACGGUUGUUAUUAUUAUUUACACAGAGGCACUGACGGCGGCACGAACUAAAGCACGUACUAAUUACUGCAGGCACACACGGACGGAAGAGUGACGUUCUGGCGCAGCUUUUCCUAUUCCCUUUACGUUUGUCUUGUCUUGUGCUCAUCAUCCCACAUCCGUUCCGUUCCCGUUCGUUCCCGCCUUGUUCGCCGUUGCUUUUAAGAUGAUCUUUUUAAUUCUUAUCGCCCCGCGCGUUUAGUAUUUCUGUUUGGCCGUGUUGUGUUGAUUAAGUUGAUUUUGUGUAGGUUUCUUCGCUUUACUGUUGUGCUUUUUGUUUUGUUUAUUUUCUUCUGCGACUUGAUCUGCGACGGAAUGCGAGCACGCCACACAUUAUGUAGAGGGUCUCUAUAUGUGAAAAAUUAAACCAACGUUAUGUGUCUACAUAUGUAAGAAGCUGUAUGUAGGGAAGCGAGAAAGAUCGAGUGAAUGAGCGAAUGAACUAGGUUUAUAGAGGACGCGGUGGAAUGUGAUUCAGCGAACCGUCAACGUUCCGGUUUGGUUCGAAAACUAAAAUGGUAAAUCAGUCAGAGAGACACAGAACACAAACACAAGGGGGGACGUUUUGUACUAGCGUGAUACGCAACUGUUGUGGCGCGGACCAGGAGAGACCGGAAACAAUGGACACAAACACAACGGUCUGCUGUUGCUGUUGUUGUUGCUGUUGGUGGGGAAACGAGGUCGAAAGGAUUGGAAAGGACAGACGGAAGCGAUAACCUCUGGCGGUGCCGCGAUUUCGGUGUUUGCGAACGGGGCACCGUUAGUGAUGGCGUAAUGUAAAUACUACCAUAUAACUGUACUGUGGAAUCUAAAAUAAUAAAGGCAA